AUGUCUAUAGUACAAAUGGCAACAAGGAAAAAAGAAAGAUAUCAUAAAACGGGGAAAUCAAAUAAAAAAAAGACCUAUUUGAGUUUUUCUGAUCAUGAAUAUUUUAAUGAAUAUUCCAAGGGAAUUGAUAAUGCUGAUAAUGACCAAAAUAGUAGAAGAGAUCAUCCCUUUAAUAAUAGCAAUAAACACAAGUUAAAUCCUUUCCUUAAUAAAUCCUAUGGAAAUGAUAAAUACAUAGGAAGCCCAAGUAGCGGCAUAAAGCUGCUUCGAGAAUCUGGGAAAAGUUACAAAGAUGAAUUACAGACAUUCAAUAUAGCGAAAUAUGAAAAGAAGCAGAACGAAGCAGAAUUAGUUGAACUAAAUAAAAUAUUGGACGAUGAAAAUAGCAUAUACUUUAAAGGUACACCUUGUAAAUUUAAAGAAAAUAAAGGUAAAAAAAAACUGAGUGUUUCAAGUAUAAAUAUGGAAAAUAAUACUACUGAGAAAAUAGAGAAAAAUAUUGAUGUAAGUGAAUUAUGGAACUACUUAAGCUAUGUACAUAAUUCAGAAGGUGGUAGACUCAAAUAUAAAAUGAACGAAAUAAUUGAUAAACGUGUUAAGGAGGAUGAAGAAAAGAUUAGUUACAAGAAAAAAGGGAAGAAUAAUGAACUAGAGAGUAGCAAAGAAAGAAAAAAAGAAGUAUCUAAUAAAACGAAUAACCAAAAUAAUAUUAAAAAAAAGGAGGAAAAUAUUAACUACGAUGAAUACAAAAAUAUGAUUAAAUAUAUAUUACCAUGCAUGUCAGACAAUAAAAUAAAAUAUUCUUGGUGUGUUUUAAAAAGUAAUUUAAAAUGUGAAAACGAUCAAGUAAACUAUGAGCACUUUUUUAGUUUCAUUAAUGAAAAAGCAGGAAAUGAUAAAAGCGAGAACAUAAGUAAAAUUGUGGGAAGCAAGUUAAAAAAUAAAAUGUUGAAAUACAAUUUUAAUCCGUCAAAUGUUCAAUUAAAAACAAUUAAUUAUAUUGACAAUAUUAGGUUAAAAGCUACCGAAUUUUCUAAAGAAUUCAAACAGUUGAUAUCAGAAAACGAGUUAAAUAAUUUAUUUAAAGGUAAAGAAAAAAUAAAAAUAGAGGAAUUGGAAAAGCAUAUCAAUCAUAUAAUCCACGAAAGGAUAGGGAAAACGAAUUACCAGGAAAUAGGAAAAAACGUUUCAUCAAUUAUAGAUAGUAUAGAAAAUGCAGAUGAAAAAAAAAAUAAAAAAUAUUCCAGAAAAAUGGAAGGGCUUACAAAUUUUAAUAUGAAGGCUUAUAUAUCUACAUUACUUACGAACAAAAAUGGUGAAGUAUCAGUAAAACAUUUCAUUGAUAAUCUAAGUGUUGAUUACGAAACUCUAAGUAACCAAAAUAAGAAUGUAAAAGACGCUUAUGAUUUUUAUUCUAGAAAUAUUGCACCUACAGAAAUUUUGAGCGAAUCUUAUGCUGAUGAGUUAAAUAAUGAAGAACUUAAAAGAGCAAAAUUUUUAAUUGAAGAAAUAGAUUAUUCAGUAAGGAAUAAUUACAAGUCAAAUUAUUUAGGUGCAAAAAGUAGCAAAAACAAAGAUUACGAAAGUUCGUAUUUAUCCCUUUAUGAGAUUUUUAAACAUUUGGACAUAGAUAAAGAUAGUUAUAUAACUAAAGAAGAUUUGCAAAAAAGUUUUAACAAAUUAAAAAUAAGAAAUAUAACUAAUGCGGAUAUAAAUAUAUUUUUAAAGUAUAUAGAUACACAAAGAAAGGGGUACAUAAAUGUCAAUGAUUUCUUAACAAAUUAUCAACUUGAAGAAAAGUCAUUGAUUAAUUGGAUAAAAAAUACAAAUAAGCCUUAUUUCGAAUUUGUUCAAAAUUUAAAAAGAGAACAUAAUUGCCAUGAAAGGUCUGUUAGUGAAAAGGUUAUAAAUAAUAAAAAUGCUUCUAUUGCCAAAAAAUAUGACGAUGUAAUAAGUAAUUAUAACUUAGAAUUAGAUCCAUAUUGUCCUUCUUAUAUUAUAAGAGAAAGAAUAAGAGACAAUUUUAUGGCCAAAAAGGAAGACUUUAUGAAUAAACACGUAAAUGCAACUAGAUUUCAUUUAACGUCCUAUAGAAAUACAAACAAUAUAGUGCAACCAGUCGAAAAUUCAGACUUGUAUAUGAAUGACAACUUGAGGUUUAAAACAACUUACAAUUUAAAUUACACUUGA